GCUAAGCAUCGCCAGGUUCCACCGUCUACAGCACCCUCAAGACCAUCAGCGCCUACGUGAACGCCCGGCGGGUCAGCGUCUUCCUGUCCAUGCCCACGGGCGAGAUUCAGACCGACGCCAUCGUGCGGGACGCGCUGGCGGCCGGCAAGGAGGUCUUCAUCCCCUACCUCCACAAGAACCCGGUCGAGGGCCCCGGUCUGCCCGCGCGGGUCAUGGACAUGGUCCGCCUGAGAGACCUCGCCGACUACGAGUCGCUGCAGCCGGACAAAUGGGGCAUCCCGAGCAUCGACCCGGCCAGCGUGCCCGCGAGGCAGCGCGUGUUCGGCGGGCCCGACGCCCCGCACUCCGACAGCACGCUGCUGGACCUCGUGCUCAUGCCGGGCGUCGCCUUCGACGCCGACCCGGACAGCGGCGCCAUCCGGCGGCUCGGGCACGGCAAGGGCUUCUAUGACUACUUUCUCUUUCGGCACAGGCUGAAGGCGGGUUCGCUUGGGCGGCAAGAGCCCCCUGCAUUGCUUCUCGGCUUAGCCCUGUCUGAGCAGUUCCUAUCUCCAUCCGAGGGGGCGGUACCUGUUGGUCCCCUGGAUCAACCUCUCGAUGGCCUCAUCCUCGGGAACGGCGAGAUCAAGGGCCCGCUCGCUCCUGCAAAUAAAACAGCCUAAUCCCAUGCCUGUUUUGCCGUGCGCCAUCCAUGCGCCAGUAUUUGUUGUCCCCUGGUAUCCUACUUCGUCGUAACCGCCAUUUUCUUUUUUGGCAUUGUAAAAACCGAAUUGCGUUGUUCGUGCGCGU